AUGAAGACUUCCAGCACGAAACAAGCCUGUAAACAUUCACAUCUCUACUUGAAUGGCUCACCACAUGCCAACACGGUAGGCUUCAAACGCGCAACAGAGAGACAACGCAUUCUAGCAGCAACCAAAGAUGGACGCUUCAGAAAACAUCUCGGUUUACUAACGCCCAAAGAGCUCUUUGAAGAUGGAAUGACGUUUCCUGGGCCAUUAAUCCUCCCAGAUGACGACCUUGCCGAAGAUCCAGAGUAUCCGCCGCAAGAUUUCCGUGAAUGGAGAGAUGAAGAGGAGCGAAACCCAGUGACUCGAGAAAGAAAGACCAUCUACAUUGUACCAAGUCCAUCAAUUACACAGGAAGUGUACAAAAUGCAGACAUGGUCCGUCUGCACCUCUGCGAAUGCAGCAACAAACCGGGACAUGCAAGCUGCCGAGCCGCCGAAGCUUCAAGAUAUUCUAGAGUACCUGUCCGCCUUCUUCCACGGCAUGGACGUGAAACUCUUCACAAAACCCUUUCAGUGGAAGAAAUGGGACAAGUACACCGGCACAAUCCUGAAAACCCCCGACACCGAGCGACGUAUUGGACUCUUGACGCCUAGCAAGGAGCUUUUCGGCAUCCGGUGCCGUGCGUCCCCAGAUGGAGUGUCCCCCAUGCAGGUCAACUUGGACGACAUACUGGACGCUCUGGCAGAAAACAUCCCGUCAGACGUACACUCUGUCAUGAUGCUGCUCGACAUGGACAUGUACGAAGGAGACGGCGACAUCUUCACCGCCGGCCGUGCAUACGGAGGCAGCCGGAUCGCAGCCGUCUCCCUAUUCCGCGACCACCCGCUCUGCGCACCUCCAGACGACGGUCACGCAUGGCCAGCAUCUCACUGCGCAACCUACAUCGACCAG